AUGGUUUCAACUUCUCCUCCCCCUUCCAAGGAAGAUCAGUCAACUGAGAAAUGGAGGGAGGACGAUCCCUCUCGCAGAGCCAAAUGGUGGUAUUCAACUUUCCAUAUUGUCACAGCCAUGAUAGGUGCAGGUGUUCUAAGCCUGCCCUAUGCCAUGGCUUACUUGGGCUGGGGUCCAGGGAUAUUUGUUCUAGCGUUAUCAUGGGCCAUGACCUUGAACACAAUGUGGGAAAUGACACAGCUCCAUGAAUGUGUUCCUGGGACUCGUUUUGAUCGCUAUCUGGACCUUGGAAGACAUGCUUUUGGACCAAAACUAGGUCCAUGGAUUGUUCUGCCUCAGCAAUUGAUUGUUCAAGUUGGGUGUGAUAUUGUUUACAUGGUCACUGGAGGGAAAUGUCUAAAGAAGUUCAUGGAAAUGGCCUGCACUACUUGCACACCUAUUAGACAAUCUUAUUGGAUUUUGAUGUUUGGUGGCAUCCAUUUCUUCUUGUCUCAGCUUCCUAAUUUCAAUUCUGUUGCUGGUGUUUCAUUAGCAGCUGCAAUCAUGUCACUCAGUUAUUCAACCAUAGCAUGGGCAGGAUCCUUGGCUCAUGGUCAGAUAGAUAAUGUGAGCUAUGCAUAUAAACACACGAGCCAAGCAGACUACAUGUUCAGAGUGUUCAACGCAUUGGGUCAGAUUUCAUUUGCAUUUGCUGGGCAUGCAGUGGUGCUAGAAAUUCAGGCUACAAUGCCAUCAACUCCUGAAAAACCUUCAAAAAUACCCAUGUGGAAAGGUGCAAUUGGUGGUUAUUUUAUAAAUGCUAUUUGCUAUUUCCCUGUUGCUCUUAUUGGCUACUGGGCUUUUGGACAAGAUGUUGAUGAUAAUGUGCUUAUGGCACUUAAAAGACCUGCUUGGCUCAUUGCUUCUGCUAAUUUAAUGGUGGUUGUUCAUGUCAUUGGUAGCUACCAGGUAUUUGCUAUGCCUGUUUUUGCAUUGCUGGAGAAUAUGAUGAUUAAAAGAUUAAACUUCCCACCAGGACUAGUACUUAGACUCAUCACUCGAUCUGCUUAUGUAGCAUUUACACUAUUCAUUGGAGUCACCUUCCCAUUUUUUGGAGAUCUUCUUGGUUUCUUUGGCGGAUUUGGUUUUGCUCCCACUUCUUAUUUUCUUCCUAGCAUCAUGUGGCUAAUAAUCAAGAAACCUAAGAGAUUCAGCACCAAAUGGUUUAUCAAUUGGGGUUCCAUAUUUAUUGGAGUUUUCAUUAUGAUGGCAUCUACCAUUGGUGGGUUACGGAAUAUUGUGACUGAUGCGUCUACUUAUAAAUUCUAUACAUAAAUAAUUAGUUAAUGUGAUUGAGUUGCAAGACUCUUUUAUUUUCUUAAAAAUGUUUAUGUUAUGCUUAUUUUAAUGAAGUGCAUUUGAUCCUUUCCUCUUU